AUGGUCUUGGUUCGUGGCCCGGAGUCGGUCUACACUGCGGCCAACCGCGCUCGGCAUCGUUCAAUCAAGCGCAGCGCAGGACUUGCCCGCGAUCUCCAUUUGGCAUACUCUGGUAUGUUUGCUGAGGAAAAGCCUGCCCGUUCUGCACAAUACUGCGUGAAGGUUGCCCCGAGCCAGGCUAGUUCAACCUCAGCAAGUACUCCGGCCACAUUUCCGACGACAUCUGCCAGUGCAGAAGUUCCCAUUGCUACCGGAGGGACGAAUGCCACGUCGCCAUUCAAACUGGCUCAGAGUUAUGAAGGCAGCACGUUCUUUAAUGGAUGGUCCUUCUUCUCAUACGCCGAUCCUACUGCAGGAACUGUACAAUAUGUGGAUUCCGGGAUCGCCCAAUCGGGCAACUUGACCGAGAUAAAUAGCGCAGGUAACGCUGUCAUGCGCGUAGAUACGACUCCUCAGAUCACUUCCGGCUUCAGGAAGAGCGUCCGAAUUCAAACUAACUUCUCGUACAACGUCGGCACCGUCAUGAUCAUGGACUCGGUACAUAUGCCGACCGGGUGCGGGACGUGGCCCGCAUUCUGGAGUAACGGACCCAACUGGCCCGCAGGUGGUGAGAUUGACAUCGUGGAAGGCGUUAACACCUACACGAACAACCAGGCCACACUACACACGAACGCGGCCUGCACCCUCCCCAGCAACAACUCCAGUACCCUGGGCAUCGCAGGUGGGCUCGUUGGUGGCACUGACUGCUCCGUGGCAGACACCGGGGAUGCCGGUUGCGGAAUCCGCGCGUCGGACCCGACUUCGUUCGGCGCCCCAUUCAACAACGUCGGCGGCGGGGUCUAUGCCAUGCAAUGGCUCACCAGCGGGAUCUCAGUGCACUUCUUCCCGCGUAGCGCGAUCCCGGCCGACAUUACCGCCGGCGUGCUGCAGCCGUCCACCUGGGGAAUGCCCAUGGCUAGCUUCCCCGCCUCGUCGUGCAACCCGUCGACGUCCUUCUACGACCACUCCGCGAUCUUCGACACGACGCUCUGUGGCGCAUGGGCCGGCACCGGCUGGUAUGACACAAGCGCCCCUGGCCAGUCGGUCAGCUGCGCGGUGAGCACUGGGACGUCCUCGUGUGAGGCAUACGUGCAGAACAACGGCGCUGCGUUCAGCGAGGCCUAUUGGGAAGUCAAGAGCGUCAAGAUCUACGAACUGAGCUCCUGA